UCCGAUGUUUGCAAUGAUUGCGUUCGCGAUGCUCACAGAGCAUCAUAAUUAUUCCCUUGAGACUUGAAUUUAUUAUCUUGCAAUGGGGAGUCCUGGUCAACUCUUGCGUUGGGCAGUGGGGCAGUGGAGCAGUGGGCACGUCAUCCCUUUCGGACGCGUGGGUGAGAUAUACCAUAAUACGACUGGGCAAGGCUAUCCAGUUUCAAGUCCCUUCAGCGUCAAGCUGCCGACGCGUUUACCUACUACUGAUUUAUUGAGUUACUGUAAUGAGGUGCGGACUAACCGAAUGGUGUUUAAGUUGUGUACUGUCGUCGCAAGUUCAACUCCGUAUUCCGUACCUUGCCCAAUACAACUUCCUAGCUUACGCCAACUCCGAAAUCCGUCCGUGGGUAUUGGGUCGUCGCUGACUGUGAUGUCAACGCGUCCUGUCUAUCUCGAUCUUUCUCGAUGGCUUGAUCCCGACGACAAUCCUAAGCAGAACAAACAUGGUUCUGAUGAGAAGUACUUAGCGUUCGCGUUUCCCUCACUUGGGGCGAUUGCUUUAUGGAUUCGUUACUCCUCGUCCUUGAUCCAUAAUGUCUCGAAAUGAGGCUGCUUUGGCAGCGAUGCCAGGCCACGAUGAACGGACCCCUCUGCUAUCUCCAACCUCCACCGACUCUUUACUAGCUCAGGAUCUCAGUAGCGAUGAGAAUAGAAUAAAGAAGAAACCCCUGAUAUCGCGUUUUCACGUCGUUUUCUUCCUCAUAGCCAGCGUCUUGGUGGUCUCCGGCGUUGCGGACGGGAUCUUUGACCCAGCGACCACCCGCCUGAUUGAAGAUGCCUAUUGCCGACGUUACUAUCGAGCGCACGAUUC